UGUUGCCUUACGUUCGUCUGUGCUUGGCGGCAAGAUGGCGGCUCCCGGGUCUGGCGGUCCGUCCGGUUCAGUGGAUGAUCUGUUUUCGACGUUUUACACCGAGGUUAAGCAAAUUGAAAAACGUGAUUCUGUAUUAACCCCAAAGCAGCAGAUAGAAAGACUGAUUAGACCUGGGUCAUCCUACUUUAACUUAAACCCUUUUGAGGUCCUUCAGAUUGAUCCAGAAGUAACAGAUGAGGAAGUCAAGAAGAGAUUUCGACAGUUAUCAAUACUUGUGCACCCGGAUAAAAAUCAAGAUGAUGUUGACAGAGCCCAGAAAGCUUUUGAAGCUGUAGACAAAGCCUAUAAGAGUCUCCUAGAUCCAGAGCAGAAAAAGAGGGCGCUAGAUGUCAUCCAAGCUGGAUAUGAAUAUGUUGAGCAUAUUGCAAAAGAAAAAAAAAAACAGUUGAAGAAGGAAGGGAAAUCAGUAAUAGUUGAAGAAGAUGACCCUGAAGUGUUCAAACAAGCUGUGUACAAACAGACUAUGAAGCUCUUUGCAGAGCUUGAAAUCAAACGAAAAGAGAGAGAAGCAAAGGAUAUGCAUGAACGGAAGAGGCAGAGAGAAGAAGAAAUAGAAACUCAAGAAAAAGCCAAAAGGGAAAGAGAGUGGCAGAAAAAUUUUGAGGAAAGUAGAGAUGGGCGAGUGGAUAGCUGGCGGAGCUUCCAAGCCCACAAAAAAGGCAAAAAAGAAAAAAAGUCGAGGACCUUUUUAAAACCACCAAAAGUGAAGAUGGAGCAAAGAGAGUGACUCUUCCUGUCCCACCCCGCACACAGAAUAUGCCCUACUUUGGUUUCUAUGAACUGCUUAUAUACCUUUUAUUUAAGUUCCCUGUCUGAUGCCAGCAUUUCAUGCUAUCUGCUGGUGGCAGGGACACUUAAACUUUACUCCCCUUUUGUACAGUUGAGCCGUUCCUUUUAAUGCUUUUUUUUUUUUUUUUUUUUUUGGCGGGGAAUUGCUUGUAAUUUAAUGUUUUGUACCAUUAUCGUUUGAUGUCAACUAGCCAUUGUACAUUAGAAGUGUGACAUUAAAGGAAAUAUUUAGAAGUC